AUGGCGAUCAAAAAAAAAACUGAUAUUGAUAAUAACUUAACACCACCAGCUGAGGCUUCCAGCUGGUGUAUUUCAUAUAACUAUGUUCCUGCUGUUUUACUUGGUCUUGUUAUAAAUUCUCCCGGUGCUGAUGGUGAUUCUGAUAAUUAUUUAGAGUCUGGUGCUGUUGCCUCCGAUACACAUUUUGUAUCUGGUUCUGCCCCGUCUGGUUCUGCUCUAUCUGGUUCUGCUCCCGAUACAUAUUCUGGGUCUGGAUCUGGUGCUGUUGCUCCUGAUACUAAUGCUGCCCCCGAUACUAAUCGAUAUGCUGCUCCCGAUGCUAAUUAUUAUUCUGCUUCUAAUACUAACCACUAUGCUGCUCCCAAUGCUAAUUGUUCUGAUGCCCCCAAAAAUAAUCAUUCUGCUGCUCCUGAUACUAAUCGUUCUGAUGCAAAUAAUUGCUCUGCUGCCCCCGUUAUUAAUAUUGAUGCUUCUAAAACAAUUCAUGGUAGAAGUUCUCCCGGUAUCAAUUUUAAUAUCAUAUCUGAGACUACUAAUAGCAAUAAUGAUAAUGCCGAUAGUAAUCAUGAAUCUGAUCUAAACCACGUUAUAGCAGAGGUUCAAGUCUAA